UUUGUAUUGCGAGUGAACGAAAAUCGAACAAAACAGUAUUAUUCGGUCCGCGAAACAUAUUAACCAUACAAUAUUAAUUAGCAGUAAAUUAUUAAAAGAAAAGAGCAUUGCGUAAGCUGCAAUUUGCGAACAACUGCAAUUGCAAAGUUAUAACAUAAAGCAAUGUUUACCAACGGAGCCGUGGAAAACAUCAGCUUUAAUUCGCCAUCGCCAACAUGUAAUUGAAAAACAGUCGGAAAAGUGUGUGAGUUGUGUUUUUCCAGCUCUAGAUAAAACGUCAAACAUGACACAGAAAAGUUGGCGGCAUAAGCGCAAAUAAUUGUUCAACGCACUCGCAACUAAAGCGAUAAAGCUAACAACAACAGUAACUUAACACAUACCAUAAAAGAGUAUAAAUAAAUCGCAUUGUAAGGUAACAAUUAAUAUGCUGGGACGCACACAGAAGCUGCUGUUUGGCCUCUCUAUCCUCCUGCUCGUCAACAUCCUUUGGGUGUCGUCCAGUGAAUUAAGCAAGUUUCUCUACGAGGAUGACAAGUAUGACAAGCCCUUCUUUUGCACAUACUUCAAGACGUCGAUGUUCAGUAUUUAUUUGCUCAUCAUUGGCAUCAUCGCACCCUGGAAAGAGUCCUGUGAACGUCAGAAUGGCAACUAUGUGAUGAUGGAUCAGAAUGGAGACGACGAGAACUAUUAUUCGAAUCAAGCCGCCUUGGGCGAUCCCACCUUUGUGCCCAUACGUGUGGCACAUCCCAUCAAUGGCGUCAUCUCGGGCACCGAAAGCGAUGACUCCAGUGUGCGCACCGUGCGCUUCUGCAAAAUGGCCGAGGUGCGCGAGAUGUCGGCGCAUGAGGCCACAGACGCCUUGAUGGCACGUCUCUCUUAUGCCGCCAGCAUGCGCAUUCGACGCCAGAAGUCGCAUCACAAGACAGCCAAGACAGCGCUGCUCUUCAGUUUGCUCUGGGUCGCAGCCAAUUGCUUUGCGCAAUUGGCGCUGGACAUGGACGAGCAGCCGAUGAUAACGCUUGUCAGAUCAACCUCGGCCACGCUGUUUGUCGUUUUGCUGGCCGCCGUAUUUCCCUCGGCAACGGGCGAUAAAUUGACCAUUACAAAGGUCAUAGCGGUGGCCAUGAAUAUUGGCGGUAUUGUGGCCACCAGCAUCAACGAUCUGCACGACUCCAAAACAACGCGUGGCAUUCUAUUGGCGCUAUUCAGCGCCUUCUUCUAUGCCUCGUACUUGGUGUUUGUUAAGCGAAAAAGCGACACCGAGGAGAAGGUGGACAUCCCGCUGUUCUUUGGCUUUGUUGGUCUUUGGAAUCUGCUGCUGCUGUGGCCCAUUUUCUUUAUACUGCAUUUCACCAAGAUCGAAACAUUCGAGCUGCCCAGCCAGGGACAGUUUGCCUUGCUCUUUCUCAAUGGCUUCUUUUGCACCAUGCUUGCGGUGGCUCUGUGGCUGUGGGGCUGCUUUCUCACUUCGUCUCUGAUUGGCACACUGGCCAUGUCAUUGCAGAUACCGCUAGCGAUUGCCUUUGAUAUACUGUUGAGGGGCAAAGCAUUUACAUCGUUGCACUGGAUGGGUUCGUUGGGCCUAUUUUUGUCGCUACUACUUGUUGUGCUACUGAUGCGCAACGAUGAUUCAGAUCCGCUAAUGAAACUGUUUAAAGUUGUAUAUAGAAAAGUCUGCGGUUGCCAUAAAGCGAGUAUUGUGCGAGUCACCGAUGAUGAACAACAGGAAUCUCUGAUUAAUAGCAGUGAUUAAAAGUCUGACAACGACAACAAUGUGGCAGAAGGGACGCUUUUGAAAAACGCGCUUCUAAAAUUCAAAUUGCUCACUGCAAUGCAAAUCCAAAACUUGGCUGUUCACGACUUCGUUUCGAAUCGUUCUUUAAUCUAUAGCGACAAAAGAUAUAUAUAGUAUAUAUAUGUGUGUGUGUAGUUGUAGAUGAUAUUCCGCACAACUUUCAUAUAUUUACCAUAUAUGCAUAUAUAUUGUAUAUGUUAGAAGUUGAUCUUGAUUUGCACUUUUACGUACUACUAAGAUAAUACUAUAUUUAUUGCCUACCUAUUGUAUUUUUCUGUAAAUAGCUUUAGUCCUAGUGUGUAUCUCUAUGUGAUAGGUCUUACAUUUUGCUGAAGCUCAUUUCAAAAUUAUUAUUUCUCUUAUACCUAUGAUAAUUGUGCUAAUUUUAUGUUUAUACUGUGCAUAGCCUAAUCUUUAAUAUAGUACUCGACUCUAUAAUGUACACAAACCAUCGAAAUGUUUAAGAAUUCACCGUCUGAUAUUCUCUUCACAUUUACAAUAGCGCGGGUAACAAACAUAGAAUAAAAUAUACAUUUUAAACUUAGAUGUUUAUAAUGCAACCUGAAAACCUAAUCGUAUUCAAAUGCACAUAAUUAUAUGUUAAAUAUAACACAAUAAAAAUAAAUAUUAAGUUGUAA